CAGAGCCAGAGCGCGUCGCGGCAGCCCCCAAGGAAGACCAGCUUGCUUCUGGUCGGUUCCCGGCGCCCUGCGUUUCGUGACCUUGUCCAGUAGAAGGCUAUUUAAUUUUCACAACUGCUUGAAUUUUGACAUACAAGAUGAAGCAAGAUGCCUCAAGAAAUGCUGCCUACACUGUGGAUUGUGAAGAUUAUGUGCAUGUGGUAGAAUUUAAUCCCUUUGAGAAUGGGGAUUCAGGAAACCUAAUUGCAUAUGGUGGCAAUAAUUAUGUGGUCAUUGGCACGUGUACGUUUCAGGAAGAAGAAGCAGACGUUGAAGGCAUUCAGUAUAAAACACUUCGAACAUUUCACCAUGGAGUCAGAGUCGAUGGCAUAGCUUGGAGCCCAGAGACUAGACUUGAUUCAUUGCCUCCGUUAAUCAAAUUUUGUACCUCAGCUGCUGAUAUGAAAAUUAGAUUAUUUACUUCAGAUCUUCAAGAUAAAAAUGAAUAUAAGGUUUUAGAGGGCCAUACCGAUUUCAUUAAUGGUUUGGUGUUUGAUCCCAAAGAAGGCCAAGAAAUUGCAAGUGUGAGUGACGAUCACACCUGCAGGAUUUGGAACUUGGAAGGAGUGCAGACAGCUCAUUUUGUUCUUCAUUCUCCUGGCAUGAGUGUGUGCUGGCAUCCUGAGGAGACUUUUAAGCUAAUGGUUGCAGAGAAGAAUGGAACAAUCCGGUUUUAUGAUCUUUUGGCCCAACAGGCUAUUUUAUCUCUUGAAUCAGAACAAGUGCCAUUAAUGUCAGCACACUGGUGCUUAAAAAACACCUUCAAAGUUGGAGCCGUUGCAGGAAAUGAUUGGUUAAUUUGGGAUAUUACUCGGUCCAGUUAUCCUCAAAAUAAGAGACCUGUUCACAUGGAUCGAGCCUGCUUAUUCAGGUGGUCCACAAUUAGUGAAAAUCUGUUUGCAACCACUGGUUAUCCUGGCAAAAUGGCAAGCCAGUUUCAAAUUCAUCAUUUAGGACACCCUCAGCCCAUCCUCAUGGGUUCCGUAGCCGUUGGAUCUGGCCUGUCCUGGCAUCGAACUCUCCCUCUGUGUGUAAUUGGAGGAGACCACAAGCUGUUGUUUUGGGUGACUGAAGUAUAAAGUGUUCUCUGUACCUUAGAUUCACAAACGUUGUAUUUUUAGUACAUAUUUUGAAGAAUUUCUAUAGUACAUAUUUUGAAGAAUUUUUAUACCAAAUAUACCAUAUACUUUAGAAAAUGUCUCAGUUGCUUUUAUUAAAUAAAAUGUUGAUGGUUUGAAAAA